GCUACCUGGCUGAGAGCGCAGACCCACAAUCUCACUACUUUUCCAGCACAGUCCACCACUGAGGCUCAUUUUGUCCCGCAUUGUCGAGCACCCAGGUGUUUACUCUCUGUCUUGGACUGUACUUGAAAAAAAGGCAAGCAGACAUGGCUGUGGCAAACUUCCACUAUAUUACUCGCAUGAGCAGCGGCUUCAAGGUCUACAUUUUAGAGGGUCAGCCUCAUCUGAGAAGUGAAGACAGAUUCAGACAUAUGUCAAAUGAACGAACUCAGACCCCCACGGUGUAUCCCAAACGCAAGCGCAGCCACGAUAGAUGUCUCACUCUGGAGGAAAGGCGCGAACGGGUGCUAGGGAGAAACAAUGGGAAAGCUACGCAGAGAGGAGCAACUGUAACAGCACCACCAGUACCACCAACAGUCAUGAUUACUAGCCCUCAAAGUCCCACUUCCACCUGGAGCCCAACACCCAGUUCAACCAGCCCUCUGCCCUCUCAUGUGUAUUACACCCCAGUCACUGAUGAACCUCUUGCCCUCAUCAAGAAACCAAGAAAGGACCAGGACCCAGAGACCACAAAAGAGAAAACUAAAAACGCCAGCUCAAGUCAGAUGCAGAUACGUCCCUCUGUCAUCACUUGUGUCUCUUCAUUAAGAAAGCCCGCCGGGAGCUCCGAUGUCCACCAGAGUCAGUCAUCAGUAAUCUCCAAAUGCAACUAUGACCAUGUGGUUGAGGAGCAUUUCCAGAGGAGCCUUGGUGCGAAUUACCAGAAAACUCACUCCCAGCAGCUGUCUAUCGGCGUGUCAGUCGAUGACCACUUUGCCAAGGCCUUGGGAGAUAAGUGGCUGCAGAUUAAGUCCAAGUCUUCCUCCUGCUCAUCUACACCCCCCAGCAGUCCGAGCAUUACUCACUCACCAGCCUAUAUACAAAGCCCACAUCCAUCCGUGAAAGAAUCUGUGAGCAAAUCGCCACCAGCCUCCAGUCAUUGGUCUGUAAAUUAACUCACAAUUGACCUCCGACCUCAGCAGGGAAUUGACUUUUGACAUAUUAAGUUUUUCACGCCGCUUGUUGACCAAUGGGCAGUUUUUAAGGGUGAUGUCAGAUUGGACCACUAUGUGCCUUCACAGAUGCAGGCAAUUGUAGCAUCAUUACAUUUCUUUCUUCAGCCUACCAACUGGUAUGAUUGAAGAAUCAUCAAAUAAUUCCUUCACAUUUCCCAUGUUUGUUUCUUGUCAUGUCACAUUGCAUUUCAUUGCAUUAUAUUUAUAUUAAUUUCAUUUUAUGGUUUACAUGGCAGGCCUAUAUUUGAUAUGUAUUUUUGUGAUUACAUUUCUGACACAAAAGAGAGACCUUAAAAAGGCUUUGAAGACUUUGGAAAAAAAAUAAAAAUGUAAAAUAAA